GCCGGCUUCUCCCUCCACAUGUGCGCAGCUAGCUGCGUCUGCUACGUGUUUCGGUCUGACCUUGCCGCUCGGUGCAGCUCGACGAACAUCGUCGGUUCGCUCGGGUGCAUUUGAUAAAAUGCUUUAACUGCCUCUCCGCGGACCAUUCAAACAGAUCUUGAGUGGCAUGCGGCCAGAAGUCCCCGUGCGACUGCUGCUGUUCGCCAAGGCCCGCGAACUGGCUGGCGCCUCCGAGACUUCGCUCGUCUUGCCCGCCGUGCUUCGAGACGUCGAGGAGCUGAAGCAAGCGAUCUUCGAGGCCUACCCCAAGCUUUUAGCCCUGCAGCAGAGCGCAGUGAUUGCCGUGAACGAGUCGUACGUCGAAUCGGGCGUCGAGGUGAUACUGCGACAAGGCGACGAAGUCGCCUUCAUACCUCCUAUCAGCGGCGGUUGA